AUGUCACAUGGACUGUAUGUCUCCAAAUGCGGAAUAGAGCUACAUAAUCCUAAGAUCAGACGCGCAGAUUAUGACGAUCAAAUGAUUGCCAUCUUGCAGGUGUUCAAGUACAGCAAGCAUUGCAGAGUUUGUGACAAAUGUGUUGACUGUUUUGAUCAUCACUGCAGGUGGCUCAACAAUUGUAUAGGCAAAAGGAACUAUAGAAAGUUUUUCACCCUCAUGGUUUCUGCCCUUCUCCUGCUUAUACUUCAGUGGUCAAUUGGAAUCCUAGUAUUGAUAUGCUGUUUUCUUGAGCGCAAGAGAUACUCUAUGGACAUCACCUCCAAGUUAGGAAGCAGUUUCUCUCUGGUGCCCUUUGUUAUCGUGGUGGCAGUGUGCACCAUAUUGGCCAUGAUUGCAACCCUACCACUUGCUCAACUUUUCUUCUUUCAUGUUCUUCUCAUAAAGAAGGGAAUUAGCACAUAUGAUUACAUCAUAGCUUUGAGGGAGCAAGAACAAGGAGUUGGAGGUCAGCAAAGUCCCCAGAUGUCACCCGCUAGCUCUCUUACUGGUUUAAGCAGUGCAAGCUCUUUUAAUACUUUCCAUAGAGGAUCAUGGUGUACACCUCCACGCCUGUUUCUUGAAGAUCAGUUUGAUGUAGUUCCUCCAGACACUGGAUCUGUUAGUUCAAGAGGAAAAAAGACCACGGUGGAUGAGCCUAUCAAGAAAAAGAACCCUGCAGCUGUAAAAAUCAGUCCAUGGGCAUUGGCACGAUUGAAUCCAGAGGAGGUUUCAAAAGCUGCUGCAGAAGCAAGAAAAAAGUCCAAAAUCCUGCAGCCUGUUGCCAGACGAGAAGUCCCUUAUGGGCUUGCAAUGGGUGAUACCUUCGGCAGCAGUGGACACCGAAUGAUCCCAAGGCCUGAUAAUAACAGAAGGCGAUCCAGUAAGCGGGUUGGCUUCCCUGCUGAGCUACCACUUGAACCCCUGACCAAAGUUUCAAGUGAAGCCAGUGAAAACAACGGAAAUGAUAUGAUUAUCGAGACAUCAACCAGUUUAGCACCUCUUCAGCUCGAAGCACGGAGUGCUUUCCGAACUAGCCGAGCUAUGUCCAGCUCAGCUGGAAUUGUUGCUUCUUCUUCUCCUGAAAGCAGUUUAGACUCUCCUGAUCUUCACCCAUUCCGAGUCUCCUCAUCAGGAGCUGAAGAGGCACGAAGACUCACCGGGUUAUCAGCUGCUGGUAUGGCUGCUCAGAAGGGCAUCCCACUGUCAAGGUCAACUAGCGAUGGAUAUGAAGCGUCUGGUGGGGAAGAUAGUGACCAAGUUCCAUCUAGGACUGUCCAGAGGUCAACAAACUGGAGUAACCUUCUCUUCCGCUCUGACCAGGAUGAGAGGGUUGCUAGAUUGAAGGCAUUAUCCUCGUCUAGCCAAGCCAAAAGCAGAAAACUUUGA